AUGUCUAUUCAACUGCUUGUAGCGGAUUUAUCUGCGCUGGUGUCGGAGACCAAGCGGAAGAACGCAGAUAUCCGCCAUGCUGCCGACAAGUCAUUGGACAUAUUGAAGAAUUCCCAGGGUAAGGACGAAAAGACGUUCUUGAGGUCGUUGUCCCAGAAUGCGGACUUUAUCAACCCCAUCUUGCUGGCGUGCCAGUCCAAGAACGCCAAGUUGACGGGAAUCGCUCUCCAGUGUCUUAGUCGUCUCAUCAUGACUCACAGCCUACCAGUUACCAAGAUAGACCUCAUCAUUGACGCAUUGCUUGAAUCCACUCACUCCUCUAUUGACAUACAACUCAAGAUCUUGCAAUUGUUGCCGUCGUUCUUCCAGUCGUACUCGCUGUUCAUUGCGGACGAUUCGCUCUCGAAGCUCCUACUCGUGUGCUCCUCUUUGCAGAGUACGAACAGAAUGGGGGCGGUCAUCAACACCGCCCAAGCCACCUUUCUGCAGCUGGUAAAUCUUGCUUUUGAGAAGGUCCACGACGAGGACAAGAGACCCGAAAACGAGCAGACGUUCCAGGUCCCUGUUGGAUUACAUGAGACAAAACAGAUCGCUGCGUGCGCGUACGACGCUCAGCGGAUCGUCAACGACCUGUGCACACUGAUCGAACACCACAAACCUGCGUUCCUCAAGACUAACUACAUCACAGAGGACUUUGGGUUCGAGCUGCUCGAAAGUAUCGUCAAGAACAAUAAGGGAAUGUUUCUCAGCCACCAGGAACUGUCUCAUCUGCUUCGCAUCCGUGUGGCUCCUAUUCUGCUGCGGUUCUUAUCGUCCAGCAAGGACUUCACCGUAAUGGUGCGUGUUUCGCGACUCAUCUCGUUGCUGAUCCACGAGCAGUUCCAGGAACUCAAGAUCGAGUCUGAGGUCACCAUGUCAUUGCUCACACAUACGCUGGCAAAGGAGUCCGCUUCUCCCGCAUGGAAACGGAUUCUUGCUCUUGAAAUUUACAGAUCGCUGUUCAAAGACUUCAACCUCGUGGCAGAUAUCUUUGCCGAGUACGACGACAACCGCACAGAGGAGCGGAAACAUGUUUUGGACGAGUUCCUGAAAGAAUGUCUACAGAUCGUUACAGAUGGUGGCAGUCUGCUAAACACAGGAGAUCUGGUCCAGACCCCACUUGUUUCAACUCCAGAACCAGCUACACAGCCGGCCUCUAAGCAAAAGAAGCCAUCAACAGUAUCCCAAUCUGCAUCGACUCGUCAAGAAGACAAGACCCAGGGCCUAUCGGUGUCGAAGUCGUCUAUCAAAUUUGCCUACAUUGACUCCCUGGACAAGGCUGACCCACCUCAAGCCCCAGAUACUUAUGUGUUGUAUCUGGUGUCGCAAACACUGAUAAGUUUCUGUGAAGGAAUCUGUAAUUCGACUCUCGACUUGGCCAGAGACGGCGAAACCGUCUCUUUCCUUGACGAAACCACCUUCACCGACAAACAGAAGAAAGAUAAGUACGAGCUGUUAAAGAACAUGGUGCUGUUCAACUGGAAAAAUUUACUGGAACUGCAUAAGAACUUUGUCUAUUCGUCGCUGGACACAGAGCUAUUUAGCAAGACUCUCCGAUCGCUGCAGAAACUGUGUCAUGCAUCAGGAAUACUAUCGCUUAAGGAUAUCAGAAACGAAAUCCUCAACUUUUUCGCUAUUUCUACGCUGAAGCUGACAGGCAAAGAGGGCCACCAGAACCGGUUUUUGUCGUUUGGAGAGUCCAUAGUUGGAACAAUCAGUUUGACAAUAGGCAAUGCUGUCUCCAAUAUGUCUCACCCAGCACCGCCCGAAUCUGACCAGAUCCAACUGUACACAAGAAACAUCAACCCGCGCCAAAUUAUGUGUUUCAGAGUAUUGAUCAGUCUGGCAACGUCGCUCGGUGCCGUUUUGGAAGAAAAUUGGGAUAUCAUUUUUAUCACUCUUCAAUGGGUCAGCUAUUAUCUUGACGGACCGUCUGACUUGAAGGUGAAAGAGAUACCUCCGCUUCCAAGCUCUUUGUCGGACACAGACUUGGGUUUUGUUGAGUCAACUUUGAAAAAGUUGACAGAGAGCAUCAAGGCACAGUCCAAGGACGUGUUUAACGCAGCAGUAAAGUCUCUAAUCAGACUCUCUGACACGGUGAUCAAGACUUCUCUGACGGCAGAGGACAAACGAGGUCUGCGCCCGGUUUACGAAGGUAAGCUCGAGCCGUCCAUCUUCAACAAGAGUUUCUUCAUCAACAAACUCACAGACAUCUGCGAGAUCAGUCCAGUGCAGUUUUUGAUCGAGUCUGACGAAAACUGGUCAACCGUGGUGGAUUUUUGUACCAACACCGCCAAGGACAGAGACCUCGAAGAUAAUCUGCGACUGAUGAUCACAAGAAACUUCAACACCAUCACCAAAAGCGCUGCAGUUACCGGAUUCGAUUCCAAUGUGGAAGCUACGCAAAGCGAGACAGAAAAAAAGAUUCUGAAUGCUUUAAAUAACUUCAUCGAAACAUUCGCCAAGCUACCAAUUUCGAGCGAGAUAUUGAUUACGAACUGCGAAGUUGAAGUUCAAUUGCUAACCCUAAACACUUUGAAAGACAUUGUGGAUCAAUAUGGAACUUCCAUCAAACACCAUUGGGGUGUGAUCACACAGAUGCUGAACAGUCCGUUUGAGAUAAUCGGCAAUGUCGACACGGAGAUGCUGCAGGAGCGCCCUGUGACAGAGAUUAUCAUUUCCGUUCUGCGCUCCACGUUUGAGACCUUAAAAGUCAUUUUGGACACCGUCCUGCAGAGUAUUGCAAAGGAUCAAAUCAAGGCCAUUAUCGACUGUCUUUACAACUUUGUGUCUCAGAGGUUUAACCUCAACAUUUCGUUCAAUUCCAUCAGUUAUUUCUGGCUCAUCAGCGAUUACCUCAAGGAAAAGAUCGAAUCUGGCGAGAAAUCAUCAGUGGAGACCGAGAAGCCGCUUGGAUCAUCUGAAUGGCCAGAGAAGUUCGAGACCAACGAGUCUCUCUGGAUAUACAUGAUCUACCAGUUGUCGAGAACCACUGCAGACCCUAGAACCCAGGUCAGAAACGGGUCGAUCCAAACCUUCUUCAACAUCAUUGACUCUUACGGGUCGCUGUCACCAUCUUGGAAACUGAUCUAUGAUAUCACGCUAAGUCCUAUUAUUAUGACGAUUCCAUCAUCGGAUAACUUGUCAGGCGAAUGGGUCGAGAGCUUCACAUUAAUUGUCAACGGCCUAACUAAGCUAUAUUCCCAGUACCUCACAGACUUUACAGACAAGGCAACCAUCGAGUUCUGGAGCGGCCUGUUAGAGUUCUUCACCAAGCUGACAAAGGUCGAGCCAACCUUCACCGAGCUGAACUUGCAGGUAUUCAAAGCUUUUGAAAGUCUAGUUGUGAGUGUUGGUCCCAAUCCUCCAAAGGAGCUUAUCGAAACACUGUACUCUUUCUGGGCAGGAUUCCAGAUCUCGUACAAUCUUUCGAACGACUCGUUAUACCAGUCGUCGUUAUGUGCAUUCAUUUCUGCAUUUGACGCUCUUUUCAAAGUGCUAGCUCCAGUUCUGACACUACCCAAGUUCGAGCUCAUCUUGACAAUGCUCAACUCGUGUAUUCGGUAUCCGAUCUUGAUAGGUGCCAGCAGUGAUACUAACAAAUGUACAGAGCUUCAGAACCAGGUGAUAUCCAGUCUGUCCAGCUUGUCGUUUGACGAUCCGAAAUACGAGUCACUGUUGAUCCAGCAACUCAAUUUGAUUGUGAUACUGCCGUUUUCAACUAGAGAUCUCAUCCACAAGAAGCUGGGAGCUAGAGACGUGAAGAUCCCAACUUUCAUUGCUGCAAGCUAUGAGGCUCUUCAGUUGCUCAAACAACAUCUCUACUCGAUCAAGGAUCUCACCUUCUUCUUGAAUGACAGAUGUCUCAUCAAAGUGUACAAGGCCCUGUUAGAGCCGUCCAAACUGAAAAGUCCUGUCUACCAAUCCAACGGCCAUUGUCUUUGGAUGGAGAGUAUGGACAUUCUAGUGCACACGAGUGAGAAUAUCCAUCUGUUGUUGUCAAAUGAAAAUAGCGUCAAGGACGACAUAAAGCUCCAACUGAGUCCGCUGUUGCUAGAAACGUUCAAAACGUCGUUCGGAUACUCCAUGGAAGAGGUGGAAGGAUAUGAGGAAUUUGAUCUGGAGAAGUACGAGCAAAUGAAAAACUGCCUUAUUCCAUUGUUCUCUACCGAGUCGAUUGGAUCCAGAGGAAACGUCGAGGAAUUUAUGGUCACUGUCUGGACUUCUUCGUUCUUGUAUGUGCUGGACGACGUGGAAAACUCCAUCUUGGAAUCUUCAAAGUCGCCGUCUGAAGUGUCUGCCAAACUAUGCGAGUACGAUCUUGAUCUUGUUUAUGGAUCGACGGCAGAACUCUCCAAGAUGCCACGACUCAAGUUGGCCAAAUCGUGUCUUGAGGAUCUGAUCAGCUUCUCGUUUCCAUCAGAAAACAACACACUAUUCGAAAAAGCUCUCCCGUACUUCAUUUCUCGGUGCGCGUUUGCUUUGAGAAAGCUACUCAGCGAUGAAAGACUGCUGUACAAGCAACCUCUGCCUAAAAUACAGCAGAUCGAAAUCAACACUGUGCUCAAUGGCUUGAUGUCUAUUACCGAUGCUCUAGAUAAAGUGCCAGACUCGGAGCCAAUCUAUUCCAAGCUAAUGGUGCUAUUCCCGCUUCUGGUGCAGGCAAUAGCUGUCAAGACAGACACAAACCAACUGAUGCAAAAAUUGACCAUCAAGUUGGGUAAAAAGCAUUAA